GCCUACAGAACAUUCGUUAUACAUCUGGAAGACAGAACCGUGAUCUCUGUCAGCUUGAAAGAUCAGGAAAAUGAAGGAUACAUUUCAUUCAGAUGAGCACAUGCUUAUCAUCAUUCCAUUGGGCAGUCUUAAAGAUGCUCAAGAGGGCCAGUUAAUGCCGGAGAAUUUCCACUGUGUGUUUAAAGAUGUCUACAAGGUGUUCUUGAAGGGACAGCCCAAAGCACUGGGGAUGGCUCAGUUCAUUGCUGGAGUUCUCAUACAAAUUCUUGGUGUACUGAUUGGAAAAUCACAUGACUUGUUGUAUACUGUGCCUAGUGUCCUUUUUUUCCUCUCAGGAAUGCUGACAUAUGUAGCUGGUCAGUCUCCAAACAUGUGUGUGACAAAACUGUCAUUUUCAGUGAACAUCACCAGCUUUUUCUGGUCCAUUGCGGCUUUUACUCUCUGCGCCCUUAAUGUGUAUUCUGCAACAAACCGUAUAGCGGUAGAACAAGGGAUCCAAAUCAUUAUUGCAGCUCUCUUGAUCAUCGAAAUGUUUGUUGCCAUGGUCUUGAUCUACUGGGAGAGUAAAGCAGUUUGCAGACAACAUUUCAACAUUCUGCCAGUGCUCACUCUCAAGCAGAUGGGGAACUAAAAGAUUGACAAGAGCUCAACAACUAACAGUAAUAGGUUGGCUAUCAUGUCAAACUUCUAAAAAGGCUGUAGGUUUGCCAAUGCCUUCGAUGUUUUUUUGUAUUUGUUUGUAAAGGUCUAAUUGUUUGUUACUGUCAUACUGUGGGUAUUUACAAUAUAAAUGUAAUUGUAUUACAUUUAUGGUAUUAUCAAGAGAUGAUUGUACUUCAGAGAUCUAUAUGACACUGUUGGAUUCAUUGCUCAAAAUAAAUUAAAUUGUAUUAUGACAUGGGCUUGUAUCUUUAAUGAAAACAAUU